AUGAAUCGAAAUAUCGGUUUUGGUCCCAUUGCAUGUCUUGUUCUCCUUCUGCUUGUACUUUCUCUGGGAGUUCCAAGAUGGCCCUGUGCAAGUUAUAUUCUCGGAAAAAGAUGCACUCAGUACCACACACUCAAAGUCGUUGGAAUUUUGUUAGCAACCGCGUCUGUUGCGACUCUACUUGUCGGCAUUUUCCUACUCUUCGUGAUCCUCCAAGGCUCAUCUCGAAUGUUCAAUGCGUCACUUAUGGCGGCAGGAAUAACUGCUCUUCUAACCACGGCGGCAACAUUUUACAACGCCAACUCCAAUCCCCUUUGGUGUCCGGCCGUCUCUACAUUUGCUUCAGGCAUUGCUCUUGGUCUCUUUUCAACAUUUCUAUUUGAUCAUCUCAGCAAAAGGUCUCCAAGUUAA